GUGGACAUUGUGGCGGCAUCAUCGCGAGGUCUGUCUGACCAUUUUAUCAAUAAGACGCAAAAGAGUGCCAGAUCGCCUGGCAACUGUCCGCGAUUGAUUAAUCAAUGGAGGACACAGACUCAAAGGUCGAAACACAGCAGGAAUAUCCCACAGAGCAAACACAGGCAGGGGACGGCAUCAGCGCGAAAGCAUGUCUCUAUACAACCAGCAACACUGCAUCAAAUCAGUGCACCAGACACUAGCGCUCCGUGCAGUCUGAAAGGAAAAUCUAGAAAAAGCACUUAUCUUGUAUCGACGCCAAGCAAUGAUUGA